GGGGGUGUUGUUUGCUUCCCAGGUCUUGAAAAUAAUUCAUUGACCAGUUACUUUGUUACGGCCUGCCUUGAUCCAGUCUGGUGCUGUCAUCAUGUCUGGUGACAAUCCAGCAGAGACCCUCCCAAAUGGAGAGGCAACGACUGCCAGUCCAUCUCCCUUACCACCGAGGAGCUCUCCAGCGCCACUGCCACCAGCUGUUGCCUCUCUACCGCAAAAACGAGCUCUAGAAGACCACCACUCGCCGGCUAUCUCCUCUCCGCUCAAAUCAGAACACGGUGCGAAAAAGUCACAAGCAGCAGAGGAUGGGGGGGUCAUGGCGCGGGAAAAGCGCACCAAGAAAGAGUCUCUCAAGAAACGGGAGUCCAAGGCUGCCACCACCCCAGGCGGCGUCGAGCCCUCUCGUGCCACUCCAGACCCGAGGCAGUCCAAGAAAAACUCCAAAAAUGUGCCCCCUGCAGAGAUGGGCCCUGCCCGCUACAUACUUCCCCUGCCCAAAGCUGGCGAUUUCGAACCCGCCCGAGGUCCGCAGCUGGCAAGUCACCACACCGUGACAGGUCCCAGUGGCGAGCAGAUCGAGUUCUUCGAAACCCAGGAGCAUGUCUAUAAUAAGAAGCAGUACUACUACACCCACUGCAUUGCGGAUCCCAAGUUCCCCUCCUCCUUCUACUACCGCCAGACAGAACCUGAGCCGUUCGGCCCGCACAUGAGUUUUGAGGACGCGGCAACACAUUUGUUCUUUGACAGAUCAGGCAAACACAUUACGACGGAUAAAGGAUGGAGGAUGUCGCGGGCAAAUGUUGCCAUACGCGAGGGCACGUGGUAUUGGGAGUGCAAGAUUACGCGAGGGAUAUUAAAAGAUCCUCCAGCGCUCGACUCGGAGCAGCCCGACUCUCGUGGCCAUGUGCGCGUUGGAUUUGCAAGGAGAGAGGCCGCCAUAGAUGCGCCAGCUGGCUUUGAUGCCUACAGUUACGGGAUCCGUGACAAGGAAGGACAGAAGGUCUACAUGUCACGGCCCAAGGAUUUUUUCCCUCCUGGCGAGGACAUCCGAGAAGGCGAUGUCAUCGGCUUGGAGAUUGGUCUGCCUUCCGAGCAGCUGCAUCGAAAGGUGGUAUCGGGUCAUUACAACCCAGCCGUCGACCUGCUUGAAGAAGCGGACCACGGCACAGCAGAAGUGCCGAAUAUCGUGAGAGAUCGUCUUCCCAUUCGAUUCAAGGCGCACAUCUAUUUCGAAACCCCCGACUACCACACCACACCAGAGCUUGACGACCUGAUGAACCCGUCACCAAUGUCUGCAUCUGGCUCAGGGGCAGGCUCGUCCGAGGGCCCAAACCCAAACCACCCAAUCCCAUGCAUGAGAACGCUACCGAAAUCCUGGAUCAAGGUAUACAAGAACGGAGUGGACAUGGGCACGGCGUUCAAUAAUCUACUUGCUUUUUUGCCUCUCGCCUCGAAGCCAGCCACGGCUAAGCAGCCUGAUGCGCGGGAAGGUCUUGACGACGGCAUGCUAGGAUACUACCCGGCCGUGAGCGUGUUUCGAGGUGGCGCUGCGGAGGUGAACUUUGGGCCCAAGUUCUGGUACCCGCCCCCAGGAUACGAGCAAGAGGACACGGGAGGUGACGUCGCCAUGACCGGCACUGAGGAGCCAUCCACAGUGACAGUCCAGCAGGAGGUGCCACGGCCCAUGGUCGAGCGCUACGAUGAACAGAUCGUGGAGGAUGUUGUGUACGAUAUCGUGGAUGAGGUUGACUUCUGGAUGCAGGACGGCGCAAAGGUUAUCGAUCGCACGCGGCGCGAUGCUGAUGAAGAGGUCAAGGAGUUCAAAGAGGUCGUUCAGGAUGUCUGA